GACCCAUAUAUCUAAAUCUGUGCCAAAUUUUCUUCCAUAUUGUGCUAAGUCUUUGUUCUAAACAUAUGGGUCGAUUCACUCUUCUAAUAGCCUUGUGCUCUUUUUCUCUCUGUCUCUCUCUCUCCUUCAACUUGUCAUCAGCACAACUUAAACAAAAUUUCUACGCCAGCACUUGCCCAAAUGUAGAAAACAUCGUUAGAAACGCUGUUAACACAAAAUUUAAACAAACGUUUGUCACAGUUCCUGCUACUAUCCGUCUCUUCUUCCAUGAUUGCUUUGUCCAGGGUUGUGAUGCUUCAGUUAUAAUUGCAUCUAGUGGAAGCAACACAGCUGAGAAAGACCACCCCGACAACCUCUCGCUGGCCGGAGAUGGAUUCGACACUGUCAUCAAAGCUAAGGCGGCAGUUGAUGCAAUCCCUAGUUGCAGGAAUAAGGUCUCCUGUGCUGACAUUCUCGCCAUGGCCACCCGGGAUGUUAUUGCACUGUCUGGUGGACCUUCAUAUGCUGUGGAAUUGGGAAGAUUGGAUGGGCUGAGCUCUACUGCUUCAAGUGUAAACGGAAAGCUGCCUCAGCCAACCUUCAAUUUGAAUCAGCUCAAUUCCUUGUUUGCUACUAAUGGACUAACCCAAAUAGACAUGAUUGCCCUCUCAGCUGCUCAUACAUUAGGGUUCUCUCACUGUAGCAAGUUUUCGAACCGGAUCUACAAUUUCAGUCGUCAGAGCCCAGUGGACCCCACACUGGAUAAAACAUACGUGGCCCAAUUACAGUCAAUGUGCCCGAAGAAUGUGGACCCCUCGAUAGCCAUCAACAUGGACCCAAACACGCCAAGAACCUUUGACAACAUAUACUUCCAAAAUUUACAGCAAGGCAAGGGCUUGUUUACUUCUGACCAAGUCCUCUUCACGGACCCACGGUCCAAGCCCACUGUAAACACUUGGGCUACCAACUCCCCGGCUUUCCAGAAAGCUUUCGUCACGGCCAUCACUAAACUUGGUCGGGUCGGAGUCAAGUCCGGUUCGAAUGGAAAUAUUCGUCAAAACUGUGGUGCAUUUAACUGACGGAGAAAAAUGGAAAUUGUAAAGGUUUGUGCUGAAUACUAAUGCAGAUGAAUUGGGAAGAGAAAAUAAAUUGAGAAAAUGUAAUUUCUUGUUUGGAGAAUUUCCUUUUUUUUUUUUUUUUUUUUUUUUUUUUU